CUGUUCAACAACCAACCACAGAACAUGUAUUUUGAAUUAGUGAGGUUAUAGAGUUUGUUUUUGUUUAUAUUCAUAUGUCAGGUAGAUUUGAAUUUUAAACCUGCAUAGAACAACAACUUAACGCACCGAAACCCAUUUGAAUGGCCCGAAUUAAACACCAUGAGUGAGUUUAUAACAAUACAAGGUCUAUUUCUUCCCUAACCACCGCAAUUAUUCCCCUAUUAGUUGGACAAUGUGGAAAUCAGAUAGGUGGGGCAUUGUGGCCUCGAAUCCUCAACGAGUACGGCGUUUCGCUCACCGCCAACAACACGAAAACUUCAAACAGUUCCAGUCUAGAACAGUCUUUUUCCUCGUUCUUUCAUGUUCCCAACUCCAAGCAAGAGCACUCGUUCAGAACGCUCCAAGACUUGGCCAGCUGCAAAGUUAAAGCGCGGGCCAUCUGUAUUGAUAUGGAGGACAGUGUUGUGGCCCGAUACAGAACCGGGACUUUGAAAGGGCUGUUUGAUGAGAAGUGUUUAGUUACCAACUAUCCGGGGUCAGGGAACAAUUGGGCCGAAGGCUUCUGCGAGCACGGCCCCCAAUACCAGGAAAAGAUCCUAAACUGCUUGAGGCAUUCGGUGGAGCGGUGCGACAGUUUACAUGGGUUCCUAAUGCUAUUUUCCACGGGGGGCGGCACUGGAUCAGGCUUAGGCACUUACGUCCUCAAUUGCUUGUCGGAUUUUUAUCCCAAAACCGAAAGAUUUGUAUCCUGCGCGUAUUCAACGGGCACAGAAGACGUGAUCACCAGCCCCUACAACAACGCGCUGGCUACGCACCAGCUGCUGGAAAACGCAACGUGCGUCUUUCCCGUCGAAAAUCGCUGUUUGCUGGAAAUCGCUUUGCGAAAGAGCCGCAACAACUGCAUGCCGACUCAUGAACGGGCCAAGGAGUUCAACACCACUGAUAGCAUGAACAGCAGCGUUGUGGAAAUGCUGCUGCACUUAACCAGCGGCUCCCGAUUUCCCGGCGCUUUGAACUUUGAUAUGAACGAAAUCAACACGAACAUGGUACCGUUUCCAAAAAUGUCGUUUCUUUCGAGUUCCUUCAACCAUCUGGUCACCGCAAACAGUAAGAUAUCCAGCAAAAGAUUGAAGGAGGAGCUUUUCUUCGCGUGCUGCAACCGCUCCAACCAACUGGUCCAAGUCGACCCUCUGGGGCCCAAGUCGGUGUUACUUGCAUCCACUCUGAUUGGAAGGGGCGAGUAUUCAACAGCGGACUUACAGGGGUACAUCGGCAAGCUGCAGGCUAAGGGGCGGUUCACUUCCUGGUCGAAAAAGGCGGUUAAAAUGGGGCUGUGCAACGUGCCACCCAACGGCCAGAAUGUGGCCCUGUUCUCCCUCUUUAAUACAACGGGGAUGUUCGGUUUGUUCCAGCAUAUCGCCAAGCAGUUUAGCAGUUUGUUCCGAAAACAGGCCCACAUUCAUCAUUAUACAAAUGUAAGCAGCUUUGAGAUGGACUUUUUUGACGAGUGCCUGGAAUCGUUGCGGGAUGUAAUGCACAAAUACAAGAGUUUGGAGAACGUGGGCCCGCAGACCAUUCCCAGACUAGAGCCGAGGAGUUGCGAUUAAACGAACAAAACCUUUGCUGUGCUAAAUGAAUCCACAUUACAAAACCGACGUUUAUCACUAUUUUAAUAUAAUAAACUCUUAAUUUGUA